GGCGGCGGCGGGCGGCCGCGGGCCGGGGGCUGCGCGGCACGGCCGCCGUGAAUGUGCAGGCGGCGGAGGGCGGUUAGGCGUUCGCGGCGCUCGCAGCGGUGUAUUGUGGGAGGCCGCCGCCGCCAGCAGCGAGCACACACAAUAUGUGGUGGCUCGCGAAAACGGGAGGCAGGAGCCUGGCGGCCAGCCCGCGCCGGUAACCGGUCCCAUGUGAGACGAGAGCUCGCCUUUCGCCGCCCGGAGACGAUCGGCCGCCGAGCGCGAUGUCUUUCCGAGAGAUCAAGGCGGGGGAAAAAGCCAAGCACCCUGAAGAUCAUGGCAAAAAGCAGAGUUCAAGUUGGAUCAACGGAAUGGAGAACAGCACACAAGCCAGCACUUCUGUCGAGAAAAAGAAUCACCAUUGGAGAAGUUACAAGUUGAUUAUUGACCCGGCUCUGAAAAAAGGACAGCACAAACUCUACCGUUACGAUGGGCAACAUUUCAGCAUGCCUAACUCGGGAAUCGCUCCUGUGGAUUGUGUCAGGGAUCCCAGAAUAGGGCGAAUAUGGACCAAAACUAAGGAGUUGGAGCUGUCUGUCCCCAAAUUCAAGAUUGAUGAAUUUUAUGUGGGGCCAGUACCUCCCAAGCAGGUCACCUUUGCCAAGCUGAACGACAACAUCCGUGAAAACUUUCUGACUGACAUGUGCAAGAAAUACGGUGAAGUGGAAGAGGUGGAGAUCCUCUACAACCCUAAGAACAAGAAGCACCUGGGCAUUGCCAAAGUAGUCUUUGCCACUGUCAAGGGUGCCCGGGAGGCUGUCCAGCACCUUCACAACACCUCUGUCAUGGGCAACAUCAUCCACGUGGAGCUGGAUACGAAAGGUGAAACCCGCAUGCGAUUCUACGAGCUGCUCGUUAAUGGUCUCUACACUCCUCAGACCCUUCCUGUAGGCACUGAACAGGACGUGUCGCCAACUGUCAGUGAAGCUCUCCAGUUGACGGAUUCCCUGAAGCGCCUGAAAGACAGCAGCCUUUCUUCUGCGGGAUCAUCUGUUACCCCAAACAGCAGCACGCCCUUCUCCCAUGACACAGCCUAUUCCAGCUGUCGGCAGGACACCCCAAACUCCUACAGCCAAUUUACCCCACAGUCCCAAGGAACACCUCACACCCCACGGUUAGGGACGCCGUUUUCCCAGGAUUCUACCUAUUCAAGUCGUCAGACAACGCCUGUGUACCAUUUUGGGCAGGACAGUGGCUACAAAGCCAGGAGACACGACACCAAAUUUACAGAUGCCUACAACCGCCGUCCGGGACAUCACUAUGUGCAUAACUCGGUGGGUGUUUUCCGAGGGACGGAGCAUCAGUUCAGUACCUUCAAAUCCCAUCAGCAGGAGCCAGUUCAGUUCUCUCACACUCCUCCCCUGAGCCACUCUAGUUCUUCGAGCUAUAAAUCUGCCUUUUCUCCUUACCAAGCACCAGCUGUAUUUCCCCAGUCUGAUGAGCAACAGUUUCCCCAAACUUCUAGGGAAACAGAGUACAGGAGACCUGCACCACCUCCUGCUGAGAUGGUUGUGGAAAGCAGUGCUGCUACUAACAUUGAUUUUGUUCCAGUGAAGGAGAAGCAGGAGGAGCCUCCGCCCUUGCCCGAGUCGAACUCUGCACCUGAGCCGAGCACAGCAUCCUUCUCUCAGACUCCGGAGAGAAGUGAGACCCCUGGCACCCCCACUAUGGAGUCAGAAACGCAGCAUAACAGUUUAGACUCAAGGAUUGAGAUGCUCUUAAAAGAGCAGAGAACAAAGUUACCCUUUCUAAAUGAACAUGACUCAGAUAAUGAGAUCCGAAUGGAAGGUAGCCCCAUUUCCUCCUCUUCUUCCCAGCUCUCUCCCAUCCCAAUGUACGGUUCGAACUCUCAGCCUGGUUUCAGAGGUCAGACACCUUCCUCGCGCCCUUCCAGCACAGGCUUGGAGGACAUUAGCCCAACACCAUUGCCUGACUCUGAUGAUGAUGAGCCCAUCCCUGGGACAGCUUCUUUGAGUCAGAAUUCCCGGGCGACACUGGAAGCGAGCAUGACUCCCAUUGAUCAGCUGAACAGGACAUCCAAAGUUGAGACUUCAGAGGCUAAAGAAAUGGUGCCUGGUAACCAGACUCCAACGUCAGAAAAAAUGGACGAGGGUCAGCAUUCUUCAGGAGAGGACAUGGAAAUCUCUGACGACGAGACCAACCCUGCGCCCAUCACCAGUGCAGAAUGUGCCAAAACCAUUGUGGUGAACUCCUCUGUCAGCAACUCAGCUGUGAUGGCCCCAUCAAUCCCCCCCUUGCCACCACCAGGAUUCCCUCCUCUUCCUCCUCCUCCUCCGCCGCCUCCACAGCCAGGCUUCCCGAUGCCUCCACCACUACCUCCACCACCUCCACCCACUCACCCUGCUGUCACCGUCCCCCCGCCUCCGCUUCCUGCCCCUCCUGGGGUCCCUCCGCCUCAUAUCUUACCUCCGCUUCCUCCUUUCCAUCCUGGCAUGUUCCCUGUCAUGCAAGUGGAUAUGAUAAGUGUCUUGGGCAACCAGUGGGGUGGCAUGCCCAUGUCCUUCCAGAUGCAAACUCAGAUGCUGAGCCGCAUGAUGCAGGCACAGAACACGUACCAGUAUCCGCCUUUCAUGACGGGCCGGAUGCAGUUUGUGAAUCUUCCUCCCUACCGCCCAUUCUCCAUGGGAGCAGCUCUUGGUCGUGGUCAGCAGUGGCCACCACUGCCCAAGUUUGACCCUUCAGUUCCACCACCUGGCUAUGAGCCAAAGAAGGAAGAUCCCCACAAAGCUACUGUGGAUGGAGUCCUGCUGGUCAUAGUGAAGGAACUAAAGGCUAUCAUGAAAAGGGACCUGAACCGGAAGAUGGUCGAAGUGGUAGCGUUUCGGGCAUUCGAUGACUGGUGGGACAAAAAGGAACGUCUGGCAAAGGCAUCUCUCACUCCAGUGAAGUCUGGAGGAGAACUGGAGGAAAAACCAAAGCCAAAGGAUCGAAUUGCAUCUUGUCUUUUGGAGAACUGGAACAAAGGAGAGGGCCUGGGAUAUGAAGGAAUGGGCUUGGGCAUUGGAUUACGAGGGGCCAUCCGGCUGCCAUCCUUCAAGGUGAAAAGAAAGGAACCACCUGAAGCUGCCUCAGCAGGAGAUCAGAAGAGAAUCCGGCCCUCUACUUCUGUCGAUGAUGAAGAUGAAGAUUUGGAGAGGGACAGGGAUGCUUCCGAUACAACAUCUGACCUGUCAAAGAAGGAUGCAGAGGCAGUGGGGCUGAGGCGGCGACCAGCAAGGCCACUGGAGCUUGACAGUGAGGGAGAAGAGGGAGAUGAAACAUCAGGGAAAGAGGAAGAGUCUUCCUCAGAGAAGGAAGAAGAGCAGGAAGAAGAGGGAGGCUUGGUGAAAGCAGCACCUGGCAAGGAGGAAGAGGAGGAUGACGAAGAGGAUGAAGAUGAUGAUGAUGAGGAGGAGGAUGGAGAUGAUGAGGAGGAGGAUGAAGAUGAUGAGGAAGAGGAGACAGGCAUAGACACAAGUGACAAAGAGGAGGAGCAGGACUCUGAGGAGGAUGUAGCAAGUCCCUUGUCUUCCAAGGCUGAAGUUGAAUCAUCCGAUGAAAGUGAAGACUCCUCUGAUUUUGAGUCGAGUUCAGACUCAGAUGAUGAAGAUGAGGAAGACGAUGAUGAAGAAGAAGAGGAGGAGGAGGAGGAGGAGGAGGAAGAGGAGGAAGUGGAGGAAGAGGUGGCUGAAAAUCAAGACAGAGAAACCAUGGUUGCUGAGACAGAGCAUGAGCCUGUUGCUCAGGAACUUCCUGAUGAUGAGAGGGAGACUAUUUUGGAGCUGUAUCCUGUGGAUGACUACAUGGAUGCAGCAGGCCUGGGACUCGCAGACCCAGCAUUGGCAGUGAAAGAUGAAGGCAUGGAAGAAAUCAAGUCAGGGGAAACUGAAUGUGGUGAAGUCCCAGAGGCAUCUAUUGCUGCUGAAACACUGAAACAUUUGGUUAUGGAAAGAGACCAGGAGACAAAACUUGCACUGUCUCCCAUCUGUAGGCCAGAGGAAGAGUGCGAACCCACUGCCACGCUGGAGCCAGAGGUACAGGAGGGUCCAAAGCCUGAAUCUCAAGAUGAGGAGGCUCUCUGUCUCUCGACUCCAGUGGCAGCCUUUGGAGAACCUGUGCUCACUAAAAGCAGCUUCUUCAGCAAGCCUGAUGACAGCAGUGUGGAUGUUUGUGUUAAAACAAAGCUGCCCUGUGCAUCAGAGGGAGAUGAGCAGCUGCCUCGCACACCCGGACGGGAGGUGAUGAUCCACUUGGAGAAUGAGACUCUUCUGCAUCCAGCCCACAAGGUGCCAUCCUCCAUGCUUCCCUUACCAUCAACUCCUGGAAAGGAAGAAUCUUUAGUCCCUCCAGAGAAGUUCCCUGAACAAUUAAUGGUGACCAAAACAUCUGUGGAAGAGGAGAUUCCUAGGACUCCUGGGCGGGACAUUUUGGCCAAGUCUUCACACCCCCUUGCAAAGUCGCAGAGCACAGACACUGUUCCAGCCACGCCAGGAAGUGAUGCUCCCCUUACGGGAAGCAGCUUGACCCUCAGUUCCCCUCAAGUCCCAGGGAGCCCCUUUUCCUACCCAUCCCAAUCCCCUGGCGUUAACAGUGGCAUUCCUCGGACUCCUGGGAGAGAUUUCAAUUUCACACCUACUUUCCCAGAGACUGCUGCUACUGUUCCUUGCCUUCUGUCUGGCAAGAAACAGUCAGAGGAUGAGCUGGAUGAGAAACCCUUUAAAGAGCCUCUUGGUGCUUCCCUUACACUCAGCAUGAAUAGUGCUCCUUCCCCUAUCCCCUUUGCCAGCCCCCCACAAGCAGACUUCCACACGGACAUGAGUUUGCCACCUGAUGAGCCAAUACCUGUAGCAGCCCUGCCAUGCAUGCAUGGAGAUGGAAGAAUACCUAAUGAGGAGUGCAAGGCAGAUGUAAAAUCUGUUUUGGUCUCACCAGAAGUACCCACUGGUGCUUCUAUUCUUCCUCCCCCUCCUCCACCUUCUGUUCUUCCCAAAAGGAGGCCAGGUCGGCCAAGACGGUCACCUCCUUCUGUCCUCUCCUUGGAUAUGUAUGCAGGCAAACCCAUAGAACCUCCUCCUGUGCCAGUGGCCUUGGUGGAAAGUGCUGUGGGCAAAGAGCUGUUGAGUGGACACCCCGAUGCUUUCUAUGGACUCAAAGACCCUGAAGCCGUCACCCUGGACUUCAGGAACGAUGAUUUCCACAACAGAAUAGCAGCUGAGGCAGUUGCAGAGAAGCUGCCAUUUAAGGAACUGGAGAACCAGUGGAAUGAAGACUUCAAGGAAGAAGAAGCUCACGCAAAACCUAAAAGACAGUGGCGAAGGCAAAAGAAGUCACCUGAGCACCUCCCAGUGAUUCCUUCCCCCGAAUAUUCCCCACCGCAGCCCCAGUUCAGGCCACGCUCCGAGUUCGAGGAGAUGACCAUUCUGUACGACAUCUGGAACGGCGGCAUCGAUGAGGAAGACAUCAAAUUCAUGUGCAUCACCUAUGACCGCCUGUUGCAGCAGGACAAUGGUAUGGACUGGCUCAACGACACCCUCUGGGUUUUCCAUCCUUCCACUAGCUUUUCUACCCCCAAGAAGAAGAAGCGGGACGACGGGAUGCGGGAGCACGUGACAGGCUGCGCGCGGAGCGAAGGCUAUUACAAAAUCGACAAGAAGGACAAACUCAAAUACCUCAACAAUAGCCGAGCUUUUGCAGAGGAGCCUCCAGCUGACACACAGGGUAUGAGCAUCCCUGCCCAACCUCAUGCUUCCACCCGGGCUGGCUCUGAGAGGCGGUCAGAGCAGCGCAGGCUCCUCUCGUCCUUCACUGGUAGCUGUGACAGUGACCUUCUCAAGUUCAACCAGCUCAAGUUCCGGAAGAAGAAGCUAAAAUUCUGCAAGAGCCACAUUCAUGACUGGGGCCUUUUUGCAAUGGAGCCCAUUGCAGCUGAUGAGAUGGUGAUUGAGUACGUGGGUCAGAACAUCAGGCAGGUCAUUGCUGACAUGCGGGAGAAGCGAUACGAGGACGAAGGCAUUGGAAGCAGUUACAUGUUCAGAGUUGAUCACGACACCAUCAUCGAUGCCACCAAAUGUGGGAACUUUGCCAGGUUUAUUAACCACAGCUGCAAUCCAAAUUGUUAUGCAAAAGUGAUCACAGUGGAGUCUCAGAAGAAGAUUGUCAUCUACUCCAAGCAGCACAUCAAUGUGAAUGAGGAAAUUACCUAUGACUACAAGUUUCCCAUCGAGGAUGUUAAAAUCCCGUGUCUAUGUGGCUCUGAGAACUGCAGGGGAACCCUGAACUGAAGUCGAGGUUUCUCGUCACACUUGCACCUUUGGCCAUGUGAGAACUGUGGUAACCAGGUGUGGUUGCACUUUGCCAAAAAAAAAAAACCAACAAAAACAAAACAAAACAAAACAAAAAAAAAAAAAAGAAAAAAAAAACUUAAAAAUUAAAACACACACACACAAAAAAAACAGAGGAAAAAAGAGAAGAGAAAAGCCAAGUUCCGCACUUCUGCCAGGAUCGCGACUGAAAGCAAAACGCGCACACGCUUCCGAGGACUGCUCACGUUUCAGGUGCUCUUUCCUUUGCAGAUCCAAGACACGCACAAAAAGGUGACUACCGUUUUGUGGCAUGGUCUAUAUCCAAACACUAGCUUCUCUGUUCAGUCCCUACAUCAGUGCUCCAUCAUGGGAUAAUGGUACCUUUUCUUUUUUUUUUUUUUUUCAAUUGUUAGAAACCUUCAUCUUUUCAUAAAUGCUGCUACCUUUUUCUCAUCAGUUUUGUUGGUUGAAAAAGACAUUCAACGUUUAAAUGUGAAGCAGAGACUGAAAAAUGCUAUAUAGGAUUUGUUGGGAGCUCGAUUGGCUGAAAUUGCACAGAUUUCUCAGAGUUAAGCUGUAAAUAAAUGUAAGGUUGAUGUUACAGAGCAAGCCAGAGGCUUGAGGGUGUGAAUGGGGUGUGUGUGUGUUUUGGGGUGUGUGUGUAUGGAGAUGUGUCUGCAGACAGACUAGAGGUGAACUGUCCUUCCUUUUUGUUAGAGGUGAGUUUGAACUAGUUUCCCCUAAGCCAGACACCCUGGGGAAGGGGCAGGUCAGCCACAGACCUCAACCUAGCGCCUGGGGCUUGCCUCUAGUUUUCAUAUGCCAUGCUGGUAUAUUGGGGGAUCAAAACCUCAGCACCCAUACGUGGGAAUGAUUUGGAUGCUGCAACCAGUAAUAGGAAGUCAAGUCAUCUGUGUAGGUGUAGCAUCGUGGCACGGCGUGUGGCCUUUGGGGAUGCCUGUUUCUUGGACAUGGGAUUGUUUUGCUUGCAGAAAAACCCCUGAGGCUGAAAUGGAAUGGACAAUUCAGACCCUGUUCGUGUUGUCAAAAUCUUACUCUCCUUGUAAGCGUACACUAUGGCCCACAGCUGUAAUGGGAAUUUCUUCCUGUAGAUGGGAAGCAGGCUGAGCUGUGGCUUGUGUUCGUUCACUUGUUUUUUUCUCUGCAUUUCCCUGCCCUUCCAGCAUUUUAGGGGGAAUAUUUGCUCUGUCCUUGAAUGGGGGAGAUGCCUCCUGUGAUAGGAGCAAGCCCUGCUGUGCUGCUCUCCUCCCUCAGUUACUCAGUAACUUGGCCUGGGGUAGUCUUGUCCCUUCAGUAAGAACAUGGCAGAAGUGUCCUCAAAAGCAGGCAGUGGGAACAAUUCUGGUCUUCCCCAUCUUCAGCAGGAAAAUUAAUGCUGCUUUAAAUUUGGAAGGUGUGUUUUGAACUGACUUCUCAAUGUUUUUUGUCCUUGUAGAUGUGCUGAGGUGAAGGUCACAGUUCUUUGAGAGGUUCCAUUUAAAAAUGGGGCAAAACACCAAAGAAUUAUUUCUUUGGCUGUGAUCCAGCAGUGUUAGAUGACUGUUCAGGUAUAGACAGGAUCUGUUUUUUGACUUGGAUUGGAUUUCUCCUGCUCUAAAAGCAGUGAUUAGUUGUACUAAAACCUUUUUAAUUGGCUCAUAAGGGGAAGUUGCAAUGUCAUUAUGAAAUGGGAAGAUGUUCUGCAUAACUGAACACCUUCUCCCCACAGAACACGUUGCACAGCUGUAUUCUUGUAGCCCUUCCAAAUCAGAGGUGAUGGCUGCCUGACCACAGCUCCACGAGCAGAGGUUGCAGCCUUGUGAAAGAGUUUCCUGGAUGUUUUUUCAGCUGUUCUGUGGAAUUGCCAGGCUGCCACUGCAGAGUGGAGCUUGGGUUGUAGGUUAGUCUUCUGCAUCUGAAAUCUUUUUUCAGACAAAAGGCCUGAAAGAACAGCAUCACACAGACUGCUACAAGCUGCCUUAAUACUGCCUGUAUUUCUGUCUGAGAGCAGGGAGGUUGUUGCUGAGGUUGGGCAGUCCAUAGUCUCAUCUGGGUUUGUUCUGGUUUUGUUUCCCCCUCCUUUAUAAAUCCAACAAUUGGGUAGUGGUGACUCAGAACCUAAAAUCAUGAGAAGCACAACUAGUUUCUGUCAUUGACCAUUGGUUGUAACUGCAGCGAUGGCAGGAGCCCUGGGGAGUUAAACCAGCUGCUCAGUUUAGUUUAGCUUAGUUUUUUUUUAAUAAGGUUCAUCUUGUGUUGAUGCUUCAGUUGGCAUCGCUACAGCUUGGCCUUUUACUUUCAAAGCUUUGGGAAUGCACAGAAGUCUCCUGUGUCUCAGAACUGAAACCCCUGUGUGCAGCAGUUCUGCCAAUGUCCUUGGCCACCUUUGCGGGGGUGAAGGCCCUCAAAUGGCCCUGACCUCAAGUACCUGCUGACAGUUUUGUGUUUUCCAGCAUAUCUGGAUGGGAUUAGCCCCUGCAGUUUGCCUUAAUCUAUGUUGAGGAGAGCUGGGAGGGCAAGUCAUGGACUUCUGAAAUGACAUCUACGAGUUAGGGUCCUUCACGGCAUUUUUAGGAGCGCUAAAGGGGUUUGGGUGCCAAAGACCAUGAGCACUUAAAUGACUUGGGUACUUCUGAAACUGCCCAUAACCCUUUCUAGGGUCCCAGACAAAUAACAGGAGACUCUGGAAGAGCUGACCUCCCAGUAGCCCCCCAGGAUGAAAAUGAGCUCUUGGACCCACAGCACUUCUGAAAAAUCACAUUGUUCUGGUCUCAAAGUCAAACUUGAGACUUCUUUUCCCUCCAAAUCUUGGCUUGCAGAAUCCUACCUGUGCAGCUUUUGUCUCAGGCUGCAAAUCUGCCCCAUCCCCAAGACAGAUCAUGAUUAGGAUGAUGAUCAUGGUGAGGAUCAUAGAUCUGGUUUAGUGAUUUCCACGAGCUUCUGCAGUUGCCUGUGGCUGCCUUGUCCCUGCAAGGCAUGGGGUCUCCUCAGGGCCUGCAGUCCAAAAAACAUGAUGUGGUUUUGGAAGGCAGCCCCAAAAGAAGCUUUUCUAAUCUCUCCUGGGUACUUUGCCGUGUGCUGAGCAAGGGGUGAGGUGGGAGGAGAAAGGCAGAAGGUGUGUAGUGCACACAUCAGCCUGCACUGGACCCAGCAGUCAGCACAGGCAUCCCAUGGAGGGAGUGGACAGGCUAAAAAGAAACCUCACCAGUGUGUGCUGCUUUACAGACAGAUUGACUGAUGUGGUUUUCUUUGGUGGAAAUCCUGUCCCCAGUUUAUUGUCACUUAAGUUGAAAGAGAGAGACGUUGCCUGUGCUCCCUGCAAGACUGUGUCUCACUAGGUGAGAGAAGCCAAGAGAACGGUGCAGCAGUGUAGGGAGCAGAACUGAAAUCUUUAGUUUUCCACCAUGAAGCUGGCUCAAGCUCAGGGUGCAAAUGCCUCUGCAGUUGGCAUUCUAGGAAGUGUGCUCUGUGCUUGCAAAUCCCCCCUGCCACUGCCCAACACCUUCACUUAUCCAUUCAUUUCCAGCCCUGUUAGCAGUUCCAGGUUGAUCCCAAGAAGUGGUCUGAGACUGUCAAGGGUCUGAGAGGGAAAAGGGCCUCAUCUUGCAGAUAUUUAUAUUGUAUAGAGCAGCUUAUUUCUACAAGGGAAAAAAAACCAACACGUUUUUAAACUCCAACAAAGUAUACAGUAGUUUCAGUUCCAGUUUUUGUGACCUUUUUCAGGGAUCAUUUCAGUGCAUUUCUGUAUAAAAUAAAAAAUUUAAGGUUAAAAAAAAAAAGGAUUUUGAAGUAUAAAAAAUGCAUCUUCUGUACAUAGGCAAACUCAAGAAUCUUCUCUUCAAACACUGUUUCUUGUAGAAACAUGUUGAAAUUUUUUUGCUGAUUUCUUUGUACUUCAAGAGCAUGUAAAUAAUUUAUUAAAAGUGACUAUUGUAAUUUGGAGUUCUUUUUAAACAGAUUCCAGCUCCAACAUCAUGUCAAGGAGAUGGGGAGGAAGAAGGACUCAGCAUAGUGAAGGGAGCUGGUGGCAUUUACAGCUUGUGUCAAGCUUUGUAUAAUGUAAAUUCUGUAUAAAUAUGUUUUGGGGGUUGCUUUUUGUUUGGGUUUUCUUUGGUUGUUGAUUUUUUUUUUUUUUGGGGGUCAAAUAAAUAGAUGGAAUUAGAAGCAUUAAGAAACUGAAGACAAAAAAAAUUGCCAAAUCAAGGCUUCUUCUCCCCCUCCCCCCCCCCCCCCAACUCUCAGUCUGAAACCUAACGUGCAAAAUCUAUUUAUUUCAAGCGAGGAAAUGUGUACAGUCUAAUAGACACCCUAAAGUGUAUUUAAGCAAGUUUGCAACUGGAUUUUGUUUGUUUCCAUUUAGUAUUUGUUUUAUUUUUAUGAGUUUCCUCCUUAAUUGCCACUGCAAUAUGUGUCCGAGUGAAAAGGAACGCACCAUCGUCAGGGACACUAAAACCAAGGGACAGUUUCAAAAGCAAAGUGGAAGAACAACCCAGCUCCCAACCCUUGCAGCUUUCCGGUUCCAUCAACAGGCUCUUUGGAUUCACAGUGUGAAAACGAAAGGCCUCCUUUAAAAGGAGGUGGGUCAAAAAUGGUUUGCAAUAAAGGAAAAGAAAAACCUUCUUUUCUCAGAAGUUCCUUAAAAAAACAAACAAACAAAACACAAACCCCAACAAUUCUGCUUGGAAGAUUUAUGCUUCCCCCCCCCCUUCUGUUCAGCAAAUUUAUAAAUUUAGGGAUGUUUUGUGCAUAUAGAACCUGUCACCAGUAUGUAUCUUGUUUUGAAGAAAGUGUUUUUGUUGUGGAUGUGUCAUGCUGUAUAUAUUUGUUCAUAUUUUUGUGAAUUGAAUACUAUGUACCAUUGUAUUAUAGUAACUUUUAUAAAGCAAACCAUAAAUAUACUGACUUUUCUUACAGAAAAA